AUGGAAGCGACCGAUGUGCUGACUUACAAGAACCGAUAUAUUAUAGGUCACAUCCACCGCCGUCUCCGCUGGCUGAACAACAAACUCGCAUCUCAUGUGAUCACUCUGACAUAUUUGGCAAUUUGGCACGGAUAUCAUCUCGGUUAUUUCUUGUUAUUCGGUAUCGAGUUGGGAUGUGUUCAAGCACAGAAUCAGUUGUACGCACUGAUUAAGAGGACACCCGGAUGGACAGAAGCCAUUUCUCAGCCGAUUGCUCGUCCGUUUAUUUGGUUAUUCGGAAAGAUUACAAUCUCUUAUUCGAUGGGAUUCGCUAAAUUCAUAGGUUCCAAAGACGCAAACUCAACGUUCCAACGAUUCAAAAAGAAGAAGACUUGA